AUGCUCCUCCUAGAAGUCGAACGCAAAUUCCGCCGCCUGGCCGUCGACAAGCUCCACCUCAACAGCGGCCACCCGCCCUUCCACAGCCUCCUCUACCGCGGCACGCAAACCUUCCACGAUACCUACUACGACUCGGCCGACUUCCUCUCCACCAGAGGCGUCUGGGUCCGCCGACGCAACAACACCUGGCAGGCCAAGAUCCGACGCGGCGGGGACUACUCCAACUCCAAAUUUGAGGAGCUCUCCACGACCGCCGCCAUCUCUGCCCACCUGGCCGAGCUCACGGGCGGAACGAGAACCGACGCGACGAACCAGUUUGGGCUGACGCCGAUGGCGUCCUUUACGACACUACGCGAGAGCUGGACCGCGGACGAUGAUUUUACGAUCGUGCAGGAUGUCACGGACUUUGGGCAUACCGUUGGGGAGGCGGAGCUGGAAUUGCGGUGGGACUGCAGGGAUGAUCGUCCUAGGAUUGAGAGGGAACGGUGCAAAGCGGCGAAGAUGGCCGAGAUGGAUGAACGGAUUACGGCAUUUAUGAGACGGUAUCACUGGGCGUUUUGUGUGGGUUCGCCCAAGGGGAAGUUGACGGCUUACUUUGAGAGAGGGCUGGGGAAGUAA